AUGUCAGACAUACCGCAGUCCAUCAUCACUGCUUUGACAAAGUAUCAAGAUAGACCAUUUAUCUUGUACCUUGAAAAAGAUUUAAUAAAAUUCAUCAAGAAUUCUAUUUUAGGUAACAUCAAACAACCAGAGUAUGUAAUUCAAGCACAAUAUUUGAAAAACUCGUACUAUAGACUAUUGAGCCACCAAUUAUGUCAAUAUUACCAUCUACAGCAUUGGAACAAUCAGUCAAAUGAAAUUGUUGUUACUCCAUCGGAAAAUUUUGAUUAUUCUUCAUUUUUGAUUAAGGUUGAAGAUGAAUCAAGUGAUUUUGUUAAAGUUGCCGAUGUUGCUCAUAAAUAUCAACCUGUUCAUACACCUGAACCACCGCAUCUGAAUGGAUAUAUCCAACAACAGCCGCAUCAUAAUGUAAACCACCACCAACACCUGCACAACAUCUACCACCCACAUCAGCAUCAGCAUCAGCAUCAGCAUCAGCAUCACUCUCAUCUGGAUCGAAUUGACUCAACCAGGGCGACGGGAACACCGUUCAUGUCCAAUCCUCAAUCUUUUAAACCAAAGAUGAUUGUCAAAAAAAUCAUACCUAAGCCAACUACUUCUUCACCACCGAUGGAAGCAAGUGAGAACAACAACAAUGAUAGCAUAGAAAGCCUUUCAAAGUUGAAGAUUGAUGAAAAUGGAUCUAGCAGUGCUCCACCAUCAGAAGGUUCAGAUGUGUCACUCAAUACUACAUCAUCGACAACGAUUGAAAGUCAAAGAGCAUCAAAAGAAGCAUUGUACAAAAAAGUACGAGAGGAGAUAUUUUUGAAAGAGGAUGAAGAUCAAACAGGAGAAGAAGAGGAAACAGUAGAGGGAGAAGAAGGUGAAGAGGAGGAGAAAAAGCAGCUGGAAGAAAUCGUAGAUAAAGGUUUUACAAAAGAGAGACCUACUAGAACAAACUAUCGCAGAAGUCGAGAGUACACCCCUGGAUAUAGCAAAAACCAUUAUUCAGUACCAUACCAAGUACCAAUCCAAAUGCAGUACCCACAAAUGUAUCACCCCCACCACAAUGGAGCAUCACCAGCUAUUCCUCAAGGAAGCACACUUCCAGUUUUGUACAGCCCCUAUUAUCCUACUGUUCAACCACCGCUAGUUCCUCAAGCAUAUGCUCCCCCGUUCCACACUGUACCUUCUUAUGAUAAAGAAACAGAGCGAAGAAUUUUAAACAAUCCAUACAUUAUUUUACCAAGUGAUAUUGACUCUCAUGAUCGAUUCAAGAAUCCAAAGCAUCAACAAUUACACAAGUCCAAAAAGAUGUAUCAAAAUGGUAAUGGAAGUGGUGCCAGCAUAGGGCGAAACAGUAACUACAAAGGCCAAAGACCUACAUAG